AUGCCGCUAGCUGUUUAUAAGAAGUUCGGUUUGGGAGAUCCCAAACCCACAAAUAUGCAACUUGUGAUGGCAGAUAGGUCGGUAAAGGAGGUUAAUUUCAACUUUGAUGAUGAUUUCUUGAAGGCAUUUGAAUUCCUCAAAGGGAAGCUAUUUGACGCACCUAUUAUUGUUACAUCGAAUUGGUCAAAACCAUUUGAAAUUAUGUGUGAUGCAAGCGGUGUUGCACUUGGGGAUGUACUUGGGAAGAUGAGGGAUAAGCUAUUUAAUCCCAUUUAUUAUGCAAGCAAAUUACUGAAUGAGGCCCAAAAGAAUUAUACUGUCACUGAACAGGAACUUCUUACAGUAGUUUAUGCUUUUGAGAAGUUCCAGGCUUAUUUGUUAGGAACCAAGAAUGAGGCAGUGCAGUUGAGGUUAGGGCAGCUGAAUGAGAUGGAUGAGUUCCGUCUUAGGGCAUAUAAAAGAGAUGAUCCUUACAAGGAGAUGAUGAAGAAGUACCAUGAUUGGAGUAUUACAAAAAAGAGAUUUUCAGAAGGGUUAUUGGGUGCUUCUCUUCAACUCCAGACUAAAACUGUUCCCAAUACUGAUAUUGCUGAAAGGGAAGAUUUUUAUAGCCAGAUGUUUGAGUCGGCGGACCGUCAGCAACCUGAAGGACUGUCAGAUGAACCGUCACCCUUAAGCUAA